GCGUUUGUUUGUUGUAAAUCUCCAUUGUUUUUGAAGUUUGUAUACUGCAGAGCAGGAAUUCAGUGUGUUAGUUCUUCUUUGAGUUGCUCUGUUUUUUUUUCAAGAGAUGGCAAGAGCUGGGAUUUCGAAAACUAAGAUGUUAAUCUUUAGUUCAUGCAGGGAAACUCAGCGAGUUGAGCGUCCAUUUACGAAGCUUUCAGGGGCAAACUACUAUGGGGAGAAAUUUCGUGGGUCGUCGUCGGGGAAGAGUGAUGAGAAAUCAAAGGUCGAGGCUCAAACGACGUCGUCCUGGGUUCCUCAUCCUCGAACAGGCAUUUACUUCCCCAAAGGCCACGAAUGGGUAAUGGACGAUGUGCCGGCAACGGCUGCUUCUUUUCCCAGGACUCACUGGUUCAGGAAUGUUGACGGCGUUGACAAACCAGACCCCUGAACAUAUAUAUAUACAUACACCCAUAUCUUUCAGAAAGUGUCUAUAAGAUGAUAGUAUAUAUAUAUAUAUAUAUGUAUGUAUGCAUGGGCAUGUGUAUG